CCGUAUUAUCGUCCCGAUGACACGAGCGCUCGUCACUCGUGUAUACGUUUCCGAAGAGCCCGCAUUAUGAACGCUAUAUUAUAAUGCAGCUCUAAUGCUCGACAAAACACAAUAUCAUCGUUCCUGAGAAGAAAACGUCGAACCGUAGCCGUACCUAUUUUAUAUUGUACUAAAAAUGUUAUUAUUGAAAAAUGCCGACGUUUACUUGUUACCUCUGUGCGGUUUGCUCGCCUUUGGUGUUUGCGCGACCGCGGCAGGUCAACUGGUGCGGAUUAAACUCGAAAAAGACAUCACGAGAAGGAAUGAUGAACUAUGCCCACACAACACAGAAUGCGUUUCAGGGUUCGAAUUUUGUGACGUAAAUUUGGAGCCAGAAAAACGACUAAAAUGUGGUCGGGGAAAUGAAUUAUCGAUGAGCUUUUGCUGCCCUAUAGACAAAGUUAUUCAUCAAAAAAGAGAAAAAAGAAUGACUAAUGAUGAUGAUGAAUCAGACUUAGACAAGGUUUUAGAUAGAGCAGCACCAGAGCCCAUUAAGCCGUUGCCAGAAGAGCUUGAAUGUGGUCAAAAUACUAAGUCUAUAUCCAAAAUUAUGAAUGUGCAAAAUGCUAAAGCUAGUGAUUGGCCAUGGAUGGCUGUGUUUUUAGAGACGACAAACUAUAUGAAUUUCUGCGGUGGAGUAUUACUUAAUCGGCGAUUUGUGUUGACUGCUGCCCAUUGUUUUAAAAAAUUUACGAAACAAGAUUUUGUUGUUAGACUCGGAGAAUACGAUUUCACAUCUAAUAACGAGACGCAAUACAUUGACUACAGAGUGACAGAUAUUAGAGUUCAUCCAGACUAUGAUCAGGCUACGCACGCCAAUGACAUCGCCAUAGUGAAGUUGAAAAGACCUACAAUUUAUAAUUCAUUUAUUCGACCUAUUUGUUUACCUAAAACAAAUAUGGAAGUGUACAAAAAAAAUGCCGUUGUGGCUGGUUGGGGCCAAACAGUAUUCGGUGGUGAAGUCAGUAACAUUCUUCAAGAAGUAGCUAUACCGAUUUGGGAACACGACGAGUGCGUUUCAGCUUUUUCACAACCAAUUUUCAAAACAAAUCUUUGUGCUGCGUCGUACGAAGGAGGCAAAGAUUCCUGUUUAGGUGAUUCGGGCGGUCCACUAUUGAUACAAAGACAAGACGGAAAAUGGACUAAUGUUGGAGUAGUGUCUUGGGGAAUUAGUUGUGGAGAAAUGGGCAUACCCGGCGUUUAUACCAAAGUAACUUCAUACCUCAAAUGGAUAGCCGUGAACGCACAAGAUAUCAUUUAAAAAUUGAGUCCUGUUAUUUCAUUAGGAACAUUUUUUAAAUUUAUUUAAACACUUUUAAUCAUCGAUCUAUAAUUAGCCAUGACAUUUUUAUCAAAACAACUACCUAAAUACUAAUUUAAAUAAAAAUGAUAUAUUAUAAAAUGUGAA